CUACGCUCGAGCUUUGUUUAUGUUUUGCAGAUUUCUUGUGUCCUUUUUGGUAGAUGCGCGUGGGGGUUCAAUGCGCGGUUGCCGGCACAGUGGAGUUCGGAUAAUUGUGCCACCCAAGGCGUGUUCGGAGCCAACGCGUAUUACCUGCCGCUAUGUCAAGCCGCAGCGGGUGGCCAAUCCGCCGCCAUUGAUGGAGGGUGAAGCCUUGGUUAGUCGCAUAUUGGAAAUGUCACCAGUAGAAGGAAAGUUUUUAAGCCCGAUUGUAUUGGAAGUGCCGCACUUUGGAUCGCUGCGCGGCAAAGAGCGUGAGAUAAUCAUUUUGAGAUCGGACAAUGGUGAAAGCUGGCGCGAACAUAGUGUCUAUGAAGACGAAAGUAAUUUACUCGAAGCCUUAAAAGAAUCGAUGGCAGUUGAUGUAAAUCCAUUGGAAGAUUUACACACCAGUCGUAUUAUAAGAAUCGUCACUCGAAAUGUGCCACAUUUUUUUGCGGUGGUAUCUCGCGUUCGACAGGAGGUUCACGCAAUUGGACCAGAUGGUGGCACUGUAUCAUCUAUAGCUGUACCUCAGGUACAGUCCAUAUUUCCGCCUCAUGCAUUAACGAAGAAGAUUCGAGUCGGUCUACAGGCACAGCCAGUAGACUUGAUUGGUUGCUCCAAGCUACUAGGUCAGGGCGUUGCAGUGUCUCCUGUCGUUACCGUCGAGCCACGACGGCGAAAAUUUCACAAGGCCAUCACAUUAAGCAUUCCGGCGCCAACAACUUGCAAUCAAGGCAUGGUCAAUACACCAUAUAACGCCACGAAUGGAAACGUAAAUGCCCCUACUCUGCGACUGUUGUGCUCUAUAACAGGUGGACAAAGUCGUGCUGUAUGGGAGGAUGUCACUGGUUCGACGCCUUUGGCAUUUGUAAAGGAUAGCGUUAGCUUUACAACAACGGUAUCUGCACGUUUUUGGCUAAUGGAUUGUCGCAAUAUUGCGGACGCUGGUCGCAUGGCAACUGAACUUUAUACGUAUAUGGCACAGGUACCGUUUAUGGUAAAAUUUGUGGUAUUUGCUAAAAAAAUAUCCGCAACGGAAGCAAAAUUAUCUGUCUUUUGUAUGACCGAUGAUAAAGAGGAUAAGACGCUCGAACAGCAAGAGUAUUUUACUGAAGUAGCAAAGAGUCGUGAUGUUGAGGUAUUGCAAGAUCAAAAUAUUUACGUCGAAUUUGUGGGAAAUCUGGUGCCGGUUUUAAAAUCGGGCGAACAAUUGAAAACAAAGUUUCAAGCGUUUCGUGAAAACCGCCUAUCUUUCAUAGUAUAUAUUAAGGAUCAAGAACAACCAAACGCACGUAUUUCCUUUAUGAGCGAGCCGAAAGUAACGUCAGGUGAGAUGCCAUUGCGGCCAAUUUGUUCACUGAAUGUAUCACUUGAAUCGCAAAAAUUAAAUCGAGAUAAACUAGAUCAGAAUGGCAUCAAUACUCAUGGAAAUAAUAAUAUGGAUCAUGACCUUAACUACAAAGAUUUAAUCAAUACCGAAAUAAAAUCUAAUAGAGAAUCAAUAGAGAAUUCAAAUAAAAAUCCGAUUAGUUUUUCUAUAAAAGAUGAAAUACAGCGUGCCGAUAUCCGUUUAUCAGAUAUUUCGAAUCUGCUUGGUAGUGAUUGGCCGCGCCUUGCUGAAGAGUUGGAUGUACCCGAGGCAGACAUCAACCUAGUUAAGACUGAGUACGCUGAUCAACCUGUUGCACAACAGGGCUUGGUCAUGCUGCGUCUAUGGCUAAAGCAAGAGGACAAUCACGCUACUGGUAAUGCUAUGUCGCAGGCUUUAAAUAAAAUCGGACGAGAAGACAUUGUUGAAAAGUGCAUCUUUAACCUAGAGCUUGUCACAGAUCAACUGGAGCGUGGCUUAGCUACGGCGAGAAUGCAGCAUGACCACACUUUAAUGGAAAAUCUAGCUGAUGGUCUUAAUGAAACAUUGAACAUUGAGCAGCAAAGUAACGAAGAGGAAUUGUGUCAAAGCAACGAACAAUCUAAUAAUGAUAAGUGUUGUUCCACGCCUCCCUCAACGCCAAUAGAAAUCAACGUCGACCCGCAGGAAUAUCAGAAUAAUAUUAGUACGUCGAUUCCUGAAAUGAUGCAAAAAAUUAUUGAACAACCAAGAGUAAAUGAAGUAGAAAGCGAUUUUACUAAACGCGAGAAAAACGAGAAGGAUAGUGAAAAGAUUCCCCAACCAUCUGAAGGAAAACUUUUACAGACCCUGGCAGAGAAAUAUUAGGAGCCAGCACUUGAUUCCUCGUGGGAGAGUGAUUUAAAUGUUUUU